ACGGUGCCGGCGAAGGUGUUGAACAGUUGCGCAAACUUGGCGAAAAUGGAGCUGAAAAAGGACGAACUGCUGAUCCUGUUCGACGUAGACGGAACACUCACGCAACCACGGGCCGCCAUCGAGCAGGAAAUGAAGGAGUUUCUGUACGGGGAUGUGCUACCGCGCGCUACGCUCGGUGUCGUCGGUGGUUCGGAUUUAGAGAAGAUGUGCGAACAGCUGAACGGCCGGGAGUUCCUGACCAAGUUCCACUACGUGUUCCCCGAGAAUGGGCUGGUGCAGUACGAGGCCGGCCAGGAAGUGGGCAAAGUCUCCAUCAGCCAGCAGCUCGGUGAGGAGUCACUGAAACGUUUCAUCAACUUCUGCCUUCACUACAUUGCCGAUCUGGAGCUACCGAUAAAACGGGGCACCUUCAUCGAGUUCCGGAACGGGAUGCUGAACGUGAGUCCGAUCGGUCGUAACUGUUCGACGGAGGAACGCAAACAGUUCUUUGCCUACGAUGCGGUUUAUAACGUGCGCCAGAAGAUGAUCGAUCGGUUGAGGGACGAGUUCGGUGAGCUGGACCUCACGUACAGUAUCGGCGGGCAGAUAAGCUUCGAUGUGUUCCCCCGGGGGUGGGACAAAACGUACUGCUUGCGUCACGUGGCCAAACGAAAGCCGGAAUUCCGAGAGAUUCACUUUUUCGGAGACAAAACUGACCCGGGCGGUAAUGACCACGAGAUCUACAGCCAUCCGCAGGUGAUUGGCCACCGGGUAACGUCACCGAGCGAUACGAGGGCCCAGCUGGUGGAACUGUUGCGAUUGUGAUCCUGCAGCGAAGGUGUUUGUGGAAUGCUUCAUGAUUGAUACUUUAUUCAUAAAGUGUUUCGUUCGCGGUUCUCUUGAUGAUGAACUUUGUUAUCAUUGCUGGCACACGAUUUCGCGGAGUACGUACGCGGAGGAUUCUAGUUCUGGCCACUUCGAGCUACCAAAUGUAUAGAAAGAAAGGGGGGGGGGGGAAUUGUUACACAAUAAAGAGGAAGGGGUAGUAAUGUAUUCCGCGACGGCGGAACCUAUAAA